AUGUACAUCACUCUCUAUUACAAAGUCACACGCCUCCCUGACUCCCUUCGUGUAGUCAGGGACCACUUCCUCUCAGUCUGUCUCACCACUCUCACUGUCGACCUCCUCGAGAAGGCCCUCCUGGCGGCGGAGAAGAGCAUCGUCGCCGUAGGAGCUUCUCGUGGUGACCCUCGCACCCCCAUCUUUGAGGGGUGUUCUUCUUCCCCCCUGCUGCCCUCUGUUGCCUGUGCUGCUGCUGCCGACCUGCUUGGUCUUGAGUCGGUCGGCGCGGCGUCUGCCCCGAGCGGGAGACGCCGCCCUGGCAAGGGCAAAGGGGGCAAGGGCGCGGGAGGAGCUGGCGGGGGAGGUGGAGGUGGCGGUGGAGGCGGCGGAGGAAGUGGGGGUGGCGGUGGGAGUGGUGGCGGGGGUGGUGGUGGUGGUGGCGGCAGCGGAGGUGGAGGCGGUGCCGGCGGCACUGGAGGGAGCGACAGCGGCGGUGGUGGCGGAGGCGCGGGCGGAGGUGGUGGCGGAGGUGGAGGCGGGUGUGGCGGAGUGGGUGGAGCUGGUCAGAGUGGAGCCUCGCAGCGGAGCGGCUCUAGUGGUGGUCAGCGACAGCAGCAGCACCAGCAGCAGCGUUCUCGUGACAUCCCCCCGCCUGAGCAGCUUCGUGAGUGGUACACGCAGCGUCAGCGUGGGGGGGGCUUUGGUCCGUGCACCUACGUCCUUCGCUCUGGCGACUACGCGCGUGAGCAGUGUGGGGGUGCCCACCCCUCUCAGCGCUGCUUUGGCCGCCUGACGGACGCUUGGCGUCAGCAGUUUCCCGAGGCUAGUGAGAUCCCCCACCAGGGAGAGCUGUCUAGGGCUGGUGAAGCCAUCUAUGAUCUUGACUUUGAUGCUAUCCUUGCUGCCAUGUAUGCUGUGACUAUUAGUGAUGAGGGUGACUGUUACCGAUGUUUCCCGCCCGACCCGGGCAUUGGUACUUCUGCACUAGGUACUUGUGAGGCUGCUGCUCUAGGUGCCAGUGCGUCUGUGCUCUCAGGUACUGGUGAGGCUGCGCUCUCAGGUACUGGUGAGGCUGCGCUCUCAGGUACUGCGUCAGCUUCGGCCUCCCUCACCUUCACACUGGACUCAGGAGCUUCUCGCUUCUUCUUUCGAGACCGCACCACACUCACGUCGCUUAGUCGGCCGGUUGCGGUCUCCCUGGCUGACCCCCCUGGUGGUCCUGUCCUCUCUCACUUCUUCACUAUCCUCCCGUGUCCGGCUGCCCCCUCGUGCACCCUGUCUGGUCUGUACCUCCCCUUGUUCUCGACGAACUUGGUGAGUGGUGCUGACCUGCAAGAUGCGGGGGUUCACCAGUUUACUCUUGCGAGUCAGCGGGUGACCCACUGCACGAACGCACGCACAGGCCGAGACCUGGCCACGUUCUCGCGCCGACCGGGGUCGAGCCUCUACACCCUGACCACUGAGUGUUUGCUGCUGCGUCCAGGUUUGGUCCUGAGUCUGCCCCCUGCUCGUGUCGCCUCCUGUCUCAUGAGACUCUCCUGUGGCACCACCGUCUGGGCCACCCCUCCUUGCCUCGUCUUUGGGACAUGGCUUCCCGUGUCCUUGUCUCUGGUCUUCCUAAGUCUCUCCCUCCCCUUCCUUUGGGGCCAGGACCUUCCUGUGUUUCCCUGUGUCGAGGGGCGGCUCCGUGCUGCCCCCCACUCCUCCCAGUCUCCCCCGAUAGAGGCUCCUCUGCAGACGCUUCACAUGGACGUGUGGGGCCCGGCCCGCGUCCGUGGACAGGGUCACGAGCGCUACUUCCUGCUGGUGGUUGACGACUACUCGCGUUACACCACGGUCUUCCCCUUAUGCAGCAAGGGUGUUGUCACCGAGACCUUUACGCUUCCGGACUCUCCGCAGCAAAAUGGGAUUGCUGAGCGCCGCAUUGGCAUGGUCAUGGACGUCGCUCGUACGUCCAUGAUGCAUGCGGCUGCCCCCCAUUUUCUGUCGCUCAUCCUUCACCCCAGGGUCUCCCGGGCGGAGACCUCCCUAGCCUUGCUGUGGACGGGGAAGGUCGGCGAUGCGUCUGCGUUCCGUGUCUGGGGAUCUCGGGCGCUUGUCCGCGACUUGUUUGCGGACAAGCUGUCCCCUCGUGCUGCUCCCUGUAUCUUCCUUGGCUUCCCCCUUGACGCACCAGGGUGGCAGUUUUACCACCCCGCCUCUCGGCGUGUUCUGUCCUCCCAGGACGUCACGUUCGACGAGUCCGUCCCCUUCUACCGCCUCUUCCCCCUACCGCACUUUGUCCCUCCCCCCACCUCCGCACUUCUUGACGCGGUCGAGCCGGUCGAGGUUGUUGGUGACUCUGUUACUGCUGCUGGUGCUGCGCCUGGGGGUGCUGGGUCUGGGGGUGCUGCAGCUGGGGGUACUGGGUCUAGGGGUGCUGAGCCUGUGGGUGCUACGCCUGGGGGUGCUGAGCCUGUGGGUGCUACGCGUGGGGGUGCUGAGCCUGCGGGUGCUGCGUCUGGAGCUGCUGAGCCUGAAGGUGCUGAGUCUGGAGCUUCUUUGCCUGGGGGUGCUGCGUCUGGAGUUGCUGAGCCUGGGGGUGCUGAGUCUGGAGCUGGUGAGUCUGGGGGUGCUGAGCCCGCGCUCGCUGGACCUGCUCGUGUGCCGUCUGGCGGUGCUGGGCGUGGUGGUUCUCUGGGUGCUUCGUCUCGGCGGGAGCCACUCUCUCCACAGGAGCUGCGCGAGUGGUUUGCCCGGCGCUCGAGGCGUACUGCUGGAGCUGGAGUUUCUUUGGCUGCUGAGGGUGCUGGAGCUGCUGUUCCUGCGGGUACGACUGGUGCUCGUCCAGCGGAGGGUGGUGGCGCGGAGGCUACUGCUAUUGGUCCUACCGGUGGUUCUGCUGUGGGUACUGCUGGUGCUGGUGGCGCUGGUGUUGCCGCUGAGGGUGCUGGUGCUAUCUCUGCUUCACAGUCAAAGUUACCACCGGCCUUCCCUCUCCCUGCUCCUUCUCCCUACACUGGUCCUACUGGAGGUCUUGCUGAGCGUCGUGAGCUUGCGUCCCAUCCUGCGUCUCCUGUUCGUGCUACUCGCGCUAGUGGUCGCGGUUCGCGUCAGCGUCCUCCUCUUGUUCCUGGCACGCAACGCAUGUCUCUGCGUCCGUCCACUACUCCCCUGCGUGCCCCUUUGCCUUCUCCUCUUGAGUCCUCUCUUCCUGCGCUUGCCGAUUUGGAGUCGGACUCUCUUUGUGCUACCAGUCCUACUAUCACGCGUCUUCUUGCUAUUGUCGUCACUGACCCCUCUUUUGAGUCCUCUGCUGCGUCUGCACUGGUUACUGAGCUCGUCGACUUUGCUGCGCGCUGUCGCCUAGAGUACGCUGCUAGUCUUGUUGCUGAGUCUGCGUCUGUGUGUCCUCCGUCCGUUGGGGGUGAGUGUGCUCUUGGCACGGACGUCCUUGAGGACAGGCAGGAGGAGUUCCAGUGUCUGGCUGCUGCUUCACCUCAUCUCCCAUCUGUACUGCUUACCCCUCAGAGAGAACCGGAUGCACUUGACAUCCCGACUCCGCGCUCUUACGCGGAGGCCGUAGAGGGUCCCUACUCCUCUCAGUGGCAAGCAGCUAUGGAUGUAGAGAUGGCUUCCUGGAAGUCCACAGGCACCUACGUUGACGCAGUUCCCCCUCCUGGGGCGAACAUCGUCAGUGGCAUGUGGAUCUUCAGGGUGAAGCGGCCGCCGGGCUCUCCACCUGUCUUCAAGGCGCGACGGCCAGUCUACGGUCUCCGCCAGGCACCGCGCGAGUGGCACGACACACUGAGGACUAUGCUUGCGGCUCUUGGGUUUGCUCCCUCUACUACUGACCCGUUGUUGUUUCUUCGCACCAACACCUCUCUGCCGCCGUUCUACAUCCUCGUGUACGUCAACGACUUGGUCUUUGCCACAGAUGACAUUGCUGGACUCGCCCACGUGAAGUCCGAGCUGCAGAAGAGACACACAUGCACAGACCUGGGUGAACUGCGUAGCUACCUUGGCUUGCAGAUCACCCGGGACAGAGCACGCCGCACCAUUACCUUGACUCGGUCACACAUGGUGCAGCAGGUCCUUCAGCGCUUCGACUUCACGUACUCCUCGCCUCAGGCCACUCCUCUGGCUACUCGCCACUCGCUCUCAGGUCUGCCUUUGGAUGAGUCCGUAGAGUCGAGUGGCCCGUACCCAGAGCUUGUUGGCUGCCUCAUGUACCUGAUGACCUGCACACAACCUGACCUCGCAUACCCUAUUAGCAUUCUUGCACGCUAUGUUGCUUGUGGGAGACACAGACCAGAGCACAUGGCUGCAGCGAAAAGGGUGUUGCGCUACUUGUGCAGUACUUGUGAGGCUGAGAUCUACGCCGGGGCCAUGGCUGCACAGGAGCUUCGCUGGCUCACCUACCUGCUGACUGACCUCGGAGAGCCACCUCGUUCUCCUCAAGUGCUGUACGUAGACAACAAGGCCAUGCUGGCCUUGUGUCGGGAGCAGCGCCUGGAGCACAGAACGAAGCACAUUGCUCUCCGCUACUUUCUCGCUCGUGAGCUGCAGUAG